AUGUCGGAACGGUCGCCCCGUCCGUCCAGCUCCCACCUGGAGCCCCCGAGGAAAAGCGUGGAGUUGGAAGAUUCCGGGGCUCAAGAUUCCGUAGCUUCUGACAGCGACGACGAACAUUUCUCCGAUGCCAGCGAGGGCCACCACCAGUCUGCUUCACACCCGGCGUCCGGUCGCACAUCCCCUGUGCCGUUGACUCGCGUAGAGAAAGUCGAUGAAAAUCCUUCGCACGGCGAAAUUCCCAAAACCUCUGCAUUUGAAAUCAGGGGGCAGGAUGCCAUUCCCGAUGAAAUUGAGGUGAUACCGGAAGGGUCACGCAGCAGAAGUUCUUCGACUGCGGGGCAUUUACCGCGACCUUCAACCCCGGGGGGUUCCCCCGUGCCCCGGACCGUGGUCGAGAAAGUCGACGUGGACCAGCCAAGUCAUGGGGAAAUCCCUGGCACUGCGGCAUACGAACAGCGGAAAGCAGAUGCGGUGCCUGAUGUUGUGAUGAAUGUGUCGGAUGCAGAUAGCAGGCCACCAUCUAGCCCGGAUUCAAAUCAACAGGCGCCAACUGAUGCCAAUGCGAGCGACACGGUCGUCCCCGAAACAGUCCUUUCGAGAGUCGACUCUCUUCCAAGCGAGGAACCAACUUCAGCUCCACAUGCUCACCAGAGACGACCGAGUGACGCCCUUCCAGACGUCACAGAAGUCGUUGCAGAUGCUCCAGAUCCGGGAUCCUCGCCAGAAUCUCAGAAUGACCACCAACCGGACGACAAUCAAGAACAACCCGUCACGGACCAUGGUGAUCAAUUGACUGAGGACCAAGCGGCUGCCGAUGACUUUGACGAUUUUGCAGAAGAACAAGACAUUGGGGAAGAUGAUGACUUUGGGGAUUUUGAUGAUGGCUUCCAGGAGCCUAGUGAGGAGGUAACUGAAGAUGAAUUUAUUGAGCAAAACGAAAUAAAACCUUCGCAGCCUCCUACACCACCUUCCGUUCCGCCUCUUUUGGAUUUCGAUGUUUUCCAAUCCCUCUCUGAUCUUAACUCCGCUCUUAACGAUCCUCUCGAUCGGCUCUUCCCGGCCUCGAAAGAAGUUUCAAGUCUACCUUCAUUAGAGCCAAUCCAAAACUCCUCCGCCAUCUUCAACUCCGAACGCUCUCUAUCACUGUGGUCACAACUCGUUGCACCCCCACCACUCCAACCCCAGAACUGGGUGAAAUCCCGCAUCCGCCGGCUCUUCCUCGUGUCACUCGGCGUACCUGUUGACCUGGACGAGAUUCUCCCGGCGUCCAAACAGAAGAAACUUGUGCUUCCGUCUAUCAACAUCGGCUCAGACACCGGCGGGUCGACCACACAUUCACGCUCUCAAAGCCAGAACCGGAAAGACGGCACCUUAAGCAGUACCGCUAGCCCACGGACCUCCACGCAGGGAAGCCGACAAAGAACCUCACGACGGCGCGAGCCUACACCCCCGCCCGAACUAGACCUCCCGGCGGUCCAUCGACUUUGUACUACGACCGAGGCCGCCCUGGAUGGGCUCACAGACGGCGAACUGCAAGGCCACGUCAAAGAGCUCGAGGACGUCACGCUACGCGCCAGUUCCGUCCUUGAAUACUGGCUUAAACGACUGGACGGUCUAGUGAGUGAAAAGGAAGCCUUCGAGGGCGUGAUAGAGAACCUAGUCAAUCAUGCCCGCCGUGUGAGAAAAUAA